AUGGAAAGAAAGACAAAAGAAGAAUUAAAAAUGGAUAUGGUAAGUGAAAAAUUAGGCAAAUACUUGUUACAAGGAUGGACCAUGUUAGGUAGUUGUUGUAUAAAUCAUCCAACUGUUCCUUUAAUGAGAGAAAGAGGUGGAAAGAAAUGUAUUUGUGUACUUUGUGAUGAUAAAUAUUAUGUUGAAGAUGGUAAUAACUUAUUAAUGUAUCUUACAAAAGGACAAGACGAUGAGGUUAUUCCAGAAGAAACCAAACUUACUUUAAAUGAGAAAAUUCCAGAAGAAAAGAAAGAACCCAUUCAUCAACUAAAAGAAUAUACAAGUGAAAGUGAUGAAGAUGAUGACGAUGAAGAAGAAAUUGCGUUAAUGAUGGCAAUUGAAAAACAAAAAGAACAACAAAUAGGAAGAGGAAAAAAGAAAGAAGGAAUUGACUCUUACCAAAGAAAAGGAGAGAGUAAUGUUUCCGAUACAACAAAAGAUGUUAGAAAGGCUCCUCUCAAAUUAUUUACUUCAACAAAUACAAAUAAUUCAAAAGACAUGCAAAUAUGUAUCCUUGAACAUAAAAUUGAUGAGUUAGUUAAAGAAAUUGAAGUUACUAGCCCAAAGAAUGCUGAUUUGAUAAGUUCAAUGUCUGUUGCAAUUCAACAAUUAAAACAAGCAAUUUCUUCUCUUUAA